AUGGGAUUACCAACUACCCCACAUCAUACUCCUUAUUUUGUAGGUUGGGUGAAUAGUUCUUCAACACAACGUAUUACUCAUCAGUGUGUUAUUGAGUUUUCUUUUGUUGGAUAUAAAGAAUCUGUGCUCUGUGAUGUUAUUGAUAUGACUGCAACUCAUCUUCUUCUUGGAAGACCAUGGCAGUAUGAUGUUAGAGCAGUUCAUAACUGUUUUGAGAAUACUUAUACUUUUUACAAAGAUGUUAAACGGAAAUGCACAUUUAUUUUCUAUGAAGUUACUUUUUUGGGAUAUGUAAUCUCUUCCAAGGGUAUUCAUGUGGAUCCUUCUAAAAUUCAAGCUAUUAUGGAUUGGCAUGUUCCUACUUCUAUCAAAGAGGUGAGAAGUUUACAUGGAUUAGCUUCUUUUUAUAGACGUUUUGUCAGAAAUUUCAGCAUCAUUGCUGCACCUCUUACUGGUUGUUUAAAGCAAGAAAAGUUCAUAUGGACUGAGGAAGCUGAUAAAAAUUUCACUACUCUUAGAGAGAAACUAUGUUCAGCUCCUAUUCUUGUAAUGCCUGAUUUUUCCAAGCCUUUUCAAGUUGACUGUGAUGCUUCUAUUAUUGGAAUUUGA